AUGUGGUUUGUAAAUGAAGUGUGUUCCUGUUGUCAACAGAUUCGACCCUUGUGGAGACACUACUUCCAGAACACCCAGGGACUGAUCUUUGUGGUUGAUAGCAAUGAUCGUGAUCGUGUUGCGGAGGCUAGGGAUGAACUCCAUCGCAUGUUGAACGAGGAUGAGUUGAGGGAUGUAGUCCUCCUUGUUUGUACAUCCAGAGCACUUGUGCUACAUCUGGUGAAGGGCUUUACGAGGGGCUGGAUUGGCUGUCCAAUAACAUUGCGAACAAGGUAUUAUACUACACUCUCAAUUGAUGUUCGAAUUCUCGUCAACUGUCUGUAG